CUCCACACAAAAUAAACUGGUAUCUGAGGGACUGGCUUCAUGUCUUCAAGGAUGACAGAUCAGAUGUGAAAAAACCAAGUAUCUGGUAGUUAAGAACUUGGGAUGGACAUAUUUAGGGAGACUUGGGACCGCAAGGGCUGGCAUCACCCGGCAAAGAGUAAUUGGGCUGGUGAGAGCUAGGGUCAAACCUUAUGCUUGUGGGCCGGCUGCUGGUGUCAGAGAUCUGAACCAUGGCUGCACAGCACCAAGGCAUCCAAAGGGCAGGCAUUAGCCUGGUCUGGGUGGACCCCAAAAUGUCACACCAUAGCAGAAGCCAUGGGUUCCAUAUCCCAAACAUGCAGCCUUUCCCUCAGGUCUGUGUGGAUUCUGGGGAACAUGCAAGAGGGAAUGGGGUAUCCUCUGUAAUUGCUUGAUUUGCUACAGUCCCUGGAGAAUGUGUUCCCUAUGCCACUAGCUACCCCAGGAAGGAGAGGUUGCUUUGGAGCACAGAGAGGGGAAAACAGUUUCAGUAACUUCAGACUCUAUCUGCAGUAAUUUAUGCUCACUUCCUGUUCAGGUUUUGGAAAGUACCCACUUCCCACUCAUCCAGACUGGUGGAAGCUUCCUGCAUGGUAUAAGGGUGGGGAGGGCAGUAUGUUGCAAAGGUGGUGUCCCUUUUGGCAGGCAAAGGGAGAUCCUGCACACAACGCCCUCUGUGUGCUGGUGUACAGAAUAAGACCUGGUCCUAUUGUGAUGGGGUCCCCGGGGUGCAACCUGGACUGUGGGACCGCUGAGCCCUCCAAACCCACCAACCUCGCUUGCCUCUCACGCUGUGAUGCUGAUGUCAAACUAUAAACCUCUGACAGGCACUGCACUUACACAGCCAUCCACAGGCAGGGACAUACCCAACUGACUUACAUGAGUGAUCUCCCAGCCACUCAUGAACCAGCAAUAGAGAGGUUCCAGCCAAUUCUCCGCCCCGCCCCCCCACCAGCUCCCCAGCCUUGUAGCCCAGAACUGUACUAUCUUGCACUGGUCAGAAGCCUGACCAGUGCAAGUUCAUUACUUAGUUCACCACUUCUUCAUAGGAAAGUGGACAUACGCCAGCCUUUGUGACCUGAGCAGAUUUCCCAAGCACUUUAGACAAACUCACUGAAAUGCGAUCUCCAUCUCCUGGAAGAGGGCCCUCCUGUCACAGCAGUGCUGACUCGGGAGGAGGGACUCCGUUACUAUAGGACUAUGCAGACCAUUCGGCGCAUGGAACUGAAGUCAGACCAGUUGUAUAAACAGAAGAUUAUUCGUGGCUUCUGCCAUUUAUGUGAUGGUCAGGAAGCAUGCUGUGUUGGACUUCAAGCUGCCAUGAAACAAACCGAUCACUUGAUAACAGCAUACCGGGCUCAUGGCUAUGUCCACACACGUGGAACUCCUGUCCGAGAGAUCCUUGCUGAGCUUACAGGUCGAAAAGGAGGAUGUGCUAAGGGAAAAGGAGGAUCAAUGCACAUGUAUGGCCAGAACUUCUAUGGUGGCAAUGGUAUUGUUGGUGCUCAGGUUCCUCUUGGAGCUGGGAUUGCCUUGGCCUGUAAGUACUUUGGCAAAGAUGAGAUCUGUUUGACUUUAUAUGGAGAUGGUGCUGCCAAUCAAGGUCAGAUAUUUGAAACAUAUAAUAUGGCAGCCUUGUGGAAGCUGCCAUGCAUUUUCAUCUGCGAGAACAACCGGUAUGGAAUGGGUACUUCAGUAGAGAGAGCUGCAGCCAGCACUGACUACUACAAAAGAGGAGACUACAUUCCAGGGAUAAGAGUGGAUGGUAUGGAUAUUCUCUGUGUGAGAGAAGCAACAAAGUUUGCAGCUGAACACUGUAGAUCUGGAAAAGGUCCUAUGCUGAUGGAGUUACAGACAUAUCGUUAUCAUGGACACAGUAUGAGUGACCCUGGAAUCAGCUAUCGUACUAGGGAAGAAAUUCAGGAAGUCAGAAGCAAAAGUGACCCUAUUACUCUGCUGAAGGACAGAAUGGUUAACAGCAAUCUUUCUAGUGUCGAGGAAUUGAAGGAGAUUGAUGUGGAAGUAAGGAAGGAAAUUGAGGACGCAGCUCAGUUUGCUACCACUGAUCCAGAACCACCCUUGGAAGAAUUAGGCAACCAUAUCUACAAAAAUGAGCCACCCUUUGAAGUACGUGGCCCCAGUCAGUGGAUCAAAUACAAGUCUGUUUGCUAAAAUGAAUGCAGUUUACUCCAGCAGCCUGUGGCCUUUUUGGGAGGAUUAAAUUUUGUAUUCAUAGUAAGAAUGAACUGUUCAUAUUUAAGGUUUGUUUAUUUGGAAGAAUAAAAUUGCUUUCAGCCAAGGACAGCCAAACAUUAUGUAGAAAAAUGCAUGAACCCAUGGAUAAGGAGCUGAAUUAGGAUAAAGCAAUGGUUAUUUAAAUCGCUAUAAAUUUGCUUCAGUGGGUGGUUUUGGAUUGCUUUACUUACGAAAGUUACUCCUCUAAAUGUUUUGAAUAAAAAUCAUGUUAUGUAUGGUAUAUAAAUAUACUGUCACAUGAAA